CAAAGUUAGUGAUUACCUGACGUGUCUUCGUAUCAAAUAUUGUUGUAAUUUUUUCGAUUAAAAGCUAUGAUUUUCUCACAAUAACAUUAUUGAGUGCUCUGUAAAAGUUAUACGAACACUACCAAAAUGGAUUUCUUGAAAAGCGGACUGAAAACCGUUCUCGGAGCACCGGAACCUGGACAACAGCCGUCGGUCGCUGAAACGGUGGAAAGACUAGUUGAACGUGCAAGUAACUCCACUUUGUUGGAAGAUAGAAGAGAUGCUUGCAGAGCUUUGAAGGCUAUGUCAAGGAAGUACAGGCUGGAAGUUGGUGCUCAGGGUAUGGACACAUUGAGACAGAUUUUAGAACUCGACAGAGCUGAUAAUGAGACAGUAAACUAUGCACUCGAUACUCUUAACAAUAUUGUAUCACCGUCACAAUUUGAAGAAGAAGAAGACAAACCCCACAUACCAAUGAACAUUGGCGAUCAAUUCACAGAAAUGUUCAUAAAGGAUCCGCACAACAUACAGCUACUCUUAGACCUUUUAGACGAAUAUGACUUCAGAGUCCGGCUCUCGACUGUACAGCUUUUAAUAUCCCUAUUAACAAAUAGAACAAAGGAUAUACAAGAAAUUAUUCUCGACAAACCAAUGGGAGUAUCUAAAAUGAUGGAUCUCUUAUCUGAUAGCAGAGAAGUGAUAAGGAACGAAACGUUACUUUUAUUAAUUAAAUUGACGAAGGGAAAUGCCAAUAUACAGAAAAUCGUGGCCUUCGAAAACGCAUUUGACAGGUUGUUCGAAAUAGUAAGCAGCGAGGGUUACUCGGACGGCGGAAUCAUUGUCGAAGACUGCCUCCUGCUGAUGUUGAAUCUGCUGAAGAAUAACAGUAGCAAUAUUAACUUUUUCAAAGAAGGUAGCUACAUACAGAAGAUGCUGCCAAUGUUUACAAUUCCGGACAACGCCGAGGAGGCCGGCUGGUCGCCGCAAAAGGUUUCCAACGUGCACUGUAUGCUCCAACUUGUCAGAACGUUAGUGUCACCGAGUAACUCCGCGCAAAUCGUAUCGAACUGCCAGAAGAUCAUGAACAAUGUUGGUGUGCUAAACGCGCUAUGUAAUAUUCUAAUGGCGAGCGGAGUCCCAGCCGAUAUUUUGACGGAAACUAUAAAUACUGUAGGUGAAGUCGUCCGGGGAGACGCGACUAAUCAGCAGUUUAUUGGGACAGUUAUUGCUCCUUCGUAUCCGCCGCGUCCGGCUAUCAUCGUGCUUCUCAUGUCUAUGGUCAAUGAGAAGCAACCUUUUUCUCUUAGGUGCGCCGUUCUUUACUGCUUCCAAUGCUACCUUUACCGUAAUGAAGUUAGUCAAGCAAACCUAGUGCAGACCCUCUUACCGUCGUCCACGGACGUGUCUAGUCUGACGAGUGGCCAGAUCCUUUGCGGAGGUCUGUUCUCGCCCGAUCUUCUAUCAAAUUGGUUCUCAGCGGUGGCCCUCAUGCACGCCCUCAUAGAUAAUCCGGCACAAAAGGAACAGCUAUUACGAGUGUUGCUGGCCACUAACAUAGGAAGCACCCCGGUGUCGUUGCUGCAUCAGUGCACGCUGCUUUUGCAGCAGACCACCAAGUUACAGUCGAAGGUGGCGCUGCUGAUGCUGCUGUCGGCGUGGACGGCGCACUGCGGGCCGGCGGUGGGCGCCUUCCUGCGCGCGCCGGGCGCCGUGGCCGGCCUCGUGGGGCUCACCGGCGCCGGCGAGACCGACGACAACGACUGCCUGCUGCAGGGUCUAUCGGCCUUCCUACUGGCGAUCUGUAUACACUUCAACGACGACUCAGUGCAGAACUAUUCGAAGGAUUCUCUCCGACAGUUGCUCGUAAAGCGGAUAGGCAUGGAAACGUUCACGGCGAAGCUCAGCGAAGUGUCGAGACACGAACUGUACAAUAAGGCGGCCAAACACCCUCAGUUGAGGGUCAACUCGCCGGCCGAAGUGCUCAUCGAUUACGAGUUCUGCAAGCUAUUUAAGAGUUUGGAAGCCGUCCUCGUCCAGAGCCUGGCGGUCCGGCAACAGAACGGCGCGGACGAGCGGCCGGCGGACGACCUGCAGCAGUACAAGCGGGUGAUCCGCCUGCAGGACGCGCGCCUCAGCGAGCUGCUGCAGCAGCUGGAGGGGCUCGCCGCGCAGGCCGCCGCGCUGCAGAGUGCAUUGAACGAUUCGCUCUCAGCCAACUCUCUACUGAAAGACGAGAACACACUCCUAAAGGCCCAGGUUUCAGCCAGUUCAAUUCCAACCUCACAACCAAAUGUUCAAUCAGAAAAAACAGCGGAAUAUGAGGCUAGGAUACAACAAUUAGCAGAUGAGAUUACAAGAUUAAGUUCAGAAUUAAAUAUGGCUAAAGAAAGUCAAAGGAAAGCUAAUGAUGACUUGGAGAAACUUAGAAAGGAUCAAGACGAUUUGUUGGAGUUGCUGGCUGAUCAGGAUGUAAAAAUAAACGAAUAUAAAAUAAAACUAAUGAGAUUGGGUGAGAAAGUUGAAGAGGACAACGUCAUCGAACCAGAAGAGAACUUGACGUAGUGUUGCCAGCUGUAAUUGAUUAUAAAUAAGAUUAAUGGCGUAAAGAAUUAAUAUAAUUCGCUUGGAACUAUUCAAUUAUUCCAAUCGAUUUUAAUUUAAUUGAUGUACGGAAUGUUAGUAAGUUCAUAAGAUGUUUAUUUUCUGUUGUUUUAUUUCUAGUCCAUAUCAAAUUUUUUGAAUUGAUAAACCAAAAAUGGCGACUAAAAUACAAAUUUAAUACACAUUUACAUUAAUUCUAGAUGAUCUGAGUCUGGAAUAAAAUUAGCUUAUUUGAAAUCAAUAAAUUACAUUUUUUAAAGGACCUCGGAGCCUAGAUUUUUAUACAAUGUGUUAUUCACAAUCGUAAUUUUUAAGGGACCAUACGGUUGCUUAAGUUUACCAAACAACACAAAUAUUUUAUGCAAAAAUUUUGUAAUUUUAUUUUUAAAUUAUAAAAAUAAAUUUGUCUUUUUUACUUAUUUUGGAUUAAUUGAGACAAAAGGUAGAUAGAAAUGAUAUUCAAGUUUAAAAAUAAAAUUAUAUGUACUUACUAUGUGUUCAUAUGUAAAAUCUACAGAGCCUCCAUCGACACCUGGUAUACAGAACAUUGUAACUAAUGAAACUGUAAGUGUUUUCUAACUAUACCAUGAAAAUACUGAGGGGAAAAAAGAUAUCUAUCAAUCUGGGAACCGUAUUUAUACGACCACUAGAACGAUUUUUAUAUGAACAAAAAAUCGUUCUAAUUCAAGAUAAUUCAGAUUUUUGCUAAAAAAAAACAUUGUAAUUUCGGUUACGAAAGCAAUAAUAUAUAUCCGUAAUGAAAUAAACUAAUAGUAGAAGAAUAUACUUCAUUAGGGGUGCGGCUUUAUUUAACAUAACUUGGCCUCUUUUUAAAUGCAACAAAAUUGUAAAACGCUCUCCUGGAAACAACAAAAUGAGAUACAAUAUCCUUUAUAUCAGGUGUCGACAUUAUCUUGGUUGCUUAAUAUUUUCAAUAUUGUUUUCAAAUUCUAAUGACAAUGAGUAGUGUGGUUAAAAAUAAAUAUUGUAUAUUAAUAUGUUCAUAGUUCGUAAAUAAAUAAAUUAUAAGUGUAUAAUUAUGUAAUUAUUGUAAUAAAUAAAUUUAUUAUACAUUUUUUGUUUUCUCUCAAUAUAAAAUCGCCCCUUAUUAUGUAUGCAAAAACUUUAGGUUCUCUGUGUAUUACGUAUAUAAGAGAUAUACUCAAUUUUGUAAUAAUAAUUGUUGUAUAAUUCAAGUUGUUGACAGGCAUAGUCGAAUCACUAUAAGCACUACCAUCAUUUGUUAAAGAAAAAAAUUUUUAACUUCAUCUACCACGAUACUUCAUGUUCGACUAAAGUAUAUUUUCCAGAAAGUUUUCCUAACCUCUGAAUACAAAAUGAACCUCUAAACAAUUUAUCACUUGAAUGUUAAAGGUUUAAAUCCAAGUUUAAUCUACCCAGACUCUUAGACUUUUAGACUUUGUUCACUCCACUGGACUUAACUCGUAAUCGUAAUUUAUAUUAAGAUUUUCUUUUUAAUUUUUGAGGAAAAAAAUAAAACAAUAAUUAAUA